UUCCAUUAAGAUCUUGACUGAAGUUGGAUGAAAACUCAUUUUUAAGAAAAAUGCAAUGUAUUCUCCUGCCCCCUUUCCCCGAACAUGUGACAACUGUCUUGGGCUUCAAAUGGUAAAGUAAUCUUUACGGUUGUAAAUACCUGCAGUUCCCUCCUUGAUGUGUCUGGAGAGCCGAUGGUAGUGAAUGACAGAAAAGUGGAAUUGUUGGCCUCUAAGUUGCAGCCUGUGGAUUCCUCCCUAGGAAAUUGCCACCUAGGUGUAUAGAAGCAGCCUGAGGUUCUCCCACAUCCCUGCAGCCUCAGCAAAGUCUCGGGCGUCUUGCAAAAGCAGUUUCUUCAUGUAAAAUGUAAUAGAGGGCAAGUUUCUAUUUGCCUAAUGCAAAUAAUGCCGGCCUUCAAAACGUUGAAUCUUUUUUUUUUUUUUUGAGAAAACAAAUUUGGCCUUUAAUUGCCAGUGCCUGCAGUUAUUUUGAUUUUUACUUGGCUAGGCUCUGGCUAAAAGAAAAUGGUCUAGGAUGGGAUGAGGAGAUUUUGGCGAGCAGAGAAGUAACUCUUUGGCUCCCAACUACUCUCCCACAGCCCAAACUUUCAAGUUUCAUCCUUUUCUUGCUGCCCUCCUGGGGCGUAAAUUUGGUGGGGUGGGGGAACCGGCAGUCCACUUGGCUCUCCCUCUGCCCCUGGAGAGGAAUUUUGAAUGCAAAGAGGUGGGGUUGCGGAGGAUCUGCCCUUACGGGCUCUUAAGGGUUGGACCCAGAGACGGGAGUGAAGGGAGGGAGUGGUCCGCGGGUGGGAUCUGUCGAGUAGACAAAAUGUGGGGCCCCUUCCCCUUGAAGUUUAACUUAUCUCUUACUGAGUGAGGAGCAAGGCGUCCUUGUCCUUAGUACGCCUCUCCCCCCAGCCCAUCCCCCGCAGGGCACGAAGAGGAGAGAACAGCGACCAGGAUAAGAGUGGGCAGAGGAAAAAGCGAGACAUGUUCUCUAGCAAACAGCCCCCUGCCCUGACUCGGGAAGAGCGCCACCGCCCAGCCCGGGCCCCGGAGCAGGUCUUGGGAGCUGUUGACAGUACCAUGGGUGAUGGCUGCUCUCAGAAGCUGGCAACUGCUAAUAUUCUCCGCUUCCUGUUGCUGGUCUUGAUUCCAUGUAUCUGUGCACUCAUUGUCCUGCUGGUGAUCCUGCUUUCCUUUGUUGGAACAUUAAAAAAAGCCUAUUUUAAAGCAAAUGGGAGUGAACCUUUGGUCACUGAUGGUGAAGUUCAAGUGUCUGAUAUUAUUCUUACAAAUACAAUUUGUAACAAGAGCACUGUGACAUCUACUACACAUCCCAAUCAACACAUUCCAGCCUGGACCACGGAUGCUUCUCUCCCAAGGGACCAAAAUCACAAGAACACAAGUGCCUGUACAAACAUCACCCACAGCCAGUGUCAGAUGCUGCCCUACCAAACCACGCUAACACCUCUCUUCUCGAUUGUCAAAAACACGGAAGUGGAGAAGUUCCUCAAGUUCUUCAUGUACCUCCAUCGCCUCAGCUGCUACCAACAUAUCAUGCUUUUUGGCUGUAGCCUCGCCUUCCCUGAGUGCAUUGGUGAUGGUGAUGACAGCCAUGGACUCCUGCCCUGUAGGUCCUUCUGUGAGGCUGCCCAAGAGGGUUGCGAAUCAGUCCUGGGGAUGGUGAAUGCCUCCUGGCCUGACUUCCUCACUUGCUCCCAGUUUAGAAACCAAACGGAAAGCAGCAAUGUCAGCAGGAUUUGCUUCUCACCACAGCAGGAAAAAGGCAAGGAAUCGCUCUGCGGAGGGGGCGAGAGCUUUCUGUGCGCCAGCGGGCUCUGCGUGCCCGGGAAGCUGCAGUGCAAUGGGCACAACGACUGUGACGACUGGAGCGACGAGGCGCAUUGCAAUUGCAGUGAGAAUAUGUUCCACUGUCACACGGGCAAGUGCCUUAAUUACAGCCUUGUGUGUGAUGGAUACGAUGACUGUGGGGACCUGAGUGAUGAGCAGAACUGUGAUUGCAAUCCCACAAAGGAGCAUCGUUGUGGAGAUGGGCGCUGCAUCGCAAUAGAGUGGGUGUGUGAUGGUGACCAUGACUGUGUGGAUAAGUCUGAUGAGGUCAAUUGCUCCUGCCACAGCCAAGGCCUGGCCGAGUGCCGGAGCGGACAGUGUAUCCCCAGCACCUUCCAGUGUGACGGGGACGAGGACUGCAGGGACGGCACUGACGAGGAGAAUUGCAGCCAGAGUCAGACUCCAUGUCAAGAAGGCGACCAAAGAUGCCUCUACAAUUCCUGCCUUGAUUCAUGUGGUGGUAACUCCCUGUGUGACCCGAACCACAGUCCGAAUAACUGUAGUCAAUGUGAACCAAUUACAUUGGAACUCUGCAUGAAUUUACCCUACAACCAUACAAAUUAUCCAAAUUACCUUGGCCACAGGACUCAAAAGGAAGCAUCCAUCAGCUGGGAGUCUUCUCUUUUCCCUGCGCUUGUUCAGACGAAUUGUUACAAAUACCUCAUGUUCUUUGCUUGCACCAUUUUGGUACCAAAGUGUGAUGUGAACACAAGCCAGCAGAUCCCACCCUGCAGAGCACUGUGUGAGCACUCCAAAGAACACUGUGAGUCUGUGCUUGGGAUCGUGGGCCUACAGUGGCCUGAAGACACAGACUGCAAUCAAUUUCCAGAGGAAAAUUCAGACAACCAAACCUGCCUAAUGCCCAAUGAAGCUGUGGAAGAAUGCUCACCUAGUCACUUCAAGUGUGGCUCUGGACGGUGUGUUCUGGCUACCAGAAGAUGUGAUGGCCAGGCUGACUGUGACGAUGACAGUGAUGAAGAAAACUGUGGCUGUAAAGAGAGAGAUCUUUGGGAAUGUCCAUCCAAUAAACAAUGUUUGAAGCAUACAGUCAUCUGUGAUGGGUUCCCAGACUGUCCUGAUGGCAUGGAUGAGAAGAACUGUUCAUUUUGCCAGGAUGACGAACUCGAAUGCGCAAACCAUGAGUGUGUGUCCCGUGAGCGCUGGUGUGAUGGGGAAGCCGACUGCUUGGACAGUUCUGACGAGUGGGCCUGUGUGACCCUCUCUAAAAAUGUGAGCUCCUCUUCGUUCCUGAUGGCUCACAGAUCUGCCAUAGAACACCACGUGUGUGCGGAUGGCUGGCAGGAGACGUUAAGUCAGCUGGCCUGCAAGCAGAUGGGUUUAGGAGAACCAUCUGUGACCGAAUUGGUACAGGAACAGGAGCAAGACCAGCUGUGGUUGACAUUACACUCCAGCUGGGAGAGCCUCAAUGGGACCACUUUGCAUGAACUGUUGGUAAAAGGGCAGGCUUGUCAUAGCAGAAGUAAGAUUUCUCUUCUGUGUACUAAACAAGACUGCGGGCGUCGCCCUGCUGCCCGAAUGAACAAGAGGAUCCUUGGGGGUCGGACAAGUCGCCCUGGAAGGUGGCCAUGGCAGUGUUCCCUGCAGAGUGAACCCAGCGGACACAUCUGUGGCUGUGUCCUCAUUGCCAAGAAGUGGGUCCUGACAGUUGCCCACUGCUUCGAAGGGAGAGAGAACGCUGCUGUCUGGAAAGUGGUGUUUGGCAUCAACAACCUAGACCACCCGUCAACGUUCAUGCAGACGCGCCUCGUGAGGACCAUCAUCCUGCACCCUCGCUAUAGCAGAGCCGUGGUCGACUAUGACAUCAGCAUCGUGGAGCUGAGUGAAGACAUCAAUGAAACCAGCUACGUCCGGCCGGUCUGCUUGCCCAGCUCAGAGCAGGCCUUGCAACCCGACACGUACUGCUAUAUCACAGGCUGGGGGCACAUGGGCAACAAAAUGCCUUUUAAGCUGCAAGAGGGAGAGGUCCGCAUCAUCCCCCUGGAGCAGUGCCAGUCCUACUUCGACAUGAAGACCAUCACGGCGCGGAUGAUAUGCGCGGGCUAUGAGUCUGGCACCGUCGACUCGUGCAUGGGUGACAGUGGUGGGCCACUUGUUUGCGAGAGGCCUGGAGGACAGUGGACAUUAUUUGGUUUAACGUCGUGGGGCUCUGUCUGCUUUUCCAAAGUCCUGGGGCCUGGAGUUUAUAGCAAUGUGUCAUACUUCGUCGAAUGGAUUGAAAGACAAAUAUACAUCCAUACCUUUCUCCUAAACUAAUUCCAAAGAUGAUGAGAGACUUUUGCCAGCUACACUCAAAGAAAAUGGCCCUGUCAACUGUGGAGAGCUCCCUGCAGACAGCCGUCCAGAAGCACUUUUCACGGACAGGGAUGCUCAGCGGUGCACUGCAAAUGUUCAUGUUUGUUCUGGUCUCAUUUUAUUCAGUUUUUUCAAUUUUAGUUUUCUCUUACUUCAAGUUUAAUGACAGUCUUUAAAAAAAAAAAAAGAUUUUGGUCUUUUGCCAGGCCUAAUCUUGACCAUAGCACAAAAGUAUCAGCUCUGGAAUAAGGCAGGUGCUAGGGUAACAGGUUCUAGAGAAUUCUCUUUAUUCCAGUCACAGAGAGGCCAUUGAGAUCCAGGCUCUUUGCCAGCUUUUGUUUCUCAAGCACAAUAGCAUAGUGGCAAAUUUCAAUAUUAAUAUUGGAGACUUGCUUUUGAUUUAUUAAGAGCCAAGACAGUUUACCUGCUUAAAUUAUUUACUACUACUCAAGUCUGCAUAAUUUUGAAAACCUAUGAAAGAUAGUCAGAGGUAAAAGACAAGUAGCAUCCAUUUAGGUAGCUGAAAUGGCAAGACAUAUUGAACACAAAGCUCUUUAGACAUCAACAAUAGCAUUUAACAGUAUAAGACCGCACGUUCUGAACUUAAAUCAAGGAUGUAACCCUAUAGAAAAGUCUCCAUAGAACCUUCCUUAUAGCUGGGAUUUGUUCAGUGUGUAUCAGUUGGCUGACUGAGACCUGUCAACAGCUAGAAUAAUAUUUGUGGGAAACAUUCUGUUUUGCCUAUGUGACAAUGAAUGGAGAUUAAACUUUGCCAAAGGAGACUUGCUUUAGCCUGGAGAGAUUCAAUUUUUGAAAACAAAAAUUAAAUUGCACCUGACCUCCAAUUCAGCAUUUUCCAACUUUCCUGUGUUCACCCAUAAUGAUAAAAUCACAGAAAUGCCUCUCAAAGCAGUUCAAGUUUGCAUGGAGUAAAACAUUUUGUAAUUUUCCUUGAAAUGUGUUUAAUAUCUAAUGUUGCCAUUGCAUCCCCUUGAUAAUUAAAACAAAAAUUUAAAAAAAUGCUUUUAAGCACUAGGCCACUUUAUGCACAUCAAUUUCCGAAGUAACUAGCGGUUAAAAGUACUUUUUUCCCCACUAAAAAGCUUCAAAAUGCAAAUUUUCACAAGUAAGUAAUUUAGUUAGGCAUCCAUUUUGCAACAUCCAAAUGCCUUCGGAACAAGGAAGAUUCCCCACUAACCUUCACCAGC